CCGUGUGUUGAACGAACCGACGGUAAAGAAAUAAUAUUUUUCUCGUAAAAUGGCCGAUCAUUGCCUGUUGUGUUAUUCUAUCUUCACGACUAUAGUGGCGUUCUUUUAUAUUUUUCUGGACGUCAACUAUUUUUUGCGGAUCGUGUUUACGAUCGGAUGGGGCAGGUUGUUCGAUAAACGCCGAAAAAUCGACGAAACUACCGAAAUUUACGGUAUUUGCACCAGUCAAGAUUUGGAUAUCUUCUUCUCGCAUAUGAACAACGCUCGAUACGUCAGAGAGCUGGAUUUCGCCAGAUUUCAUUUCUACGAUCGCACCGGACUCUAUAAUGAGAUUACCCAGUCGAAAGGACACAUACUCCAAACGGCUUCCAAUAUCAGAUAUCGCAGGACGAUUCCGUUGUGGACAGUGUACAAGAUCACCACGAAAAUUGUCACUUGGGACGAGAAGACGUUGUUUAUCGAACAGCAAUUUAUCACUUUGAACGACGGUUUCAUCCGUGCGGUGGUGUUGAGCAAACAGAGCACAAUUGGACUUGACGUGCCUAAAAUUAUGGCCAAAUUGACCGGUCAGGACGUUUCCUUCAGGCCAGCGCCAGUUGCCGAGCUUGAGGACUGGCUCAAAUAUAUGGAGAAGUCUAGCCAAAGGCUCAGGAAGCAGGAAUAAAUUGUUACGUUUGAUAUUUGUUUUACCACUGCAAAGUGUUCUAAUAUUUUUCGUUGGUUCCGCAGUAAUUUAAAUUUUUAUCCUUA